GAUCGGCCAAUGCAGAAAUUUUAUUUUUAUUUAUUUAUUUUUUUAAAAGUGUUAGAGUAAAUAUAGCAAAAUAAAAGUUAAGUGCUCUAUGAUAUCCUGCUGUCGUAUGAUUUUUGUUCCAUAAAACCCACCAAUAAAACACCGACAAAUCCCCCCCGCCCCCCUCCCUCCUCUCCUUGCUCCCCUCUUCCAUUUCUUCUCUCUCUUUACCAUCCCCCUUUCCCUCUCCUCCGCUCGUUUCCCUUGCCUACAUUCCUCUCUCUCUCUCUCUCUCUCUCUCCCUCCCUCCUUUACCCCCCCAACCCCUACUCCCACUAUCUCUUUAUUCCUCUCUUUCUCUCAUGGCCUCAGCUGAAGAAGGUCCAGAACCGCUGAAAUACCAGACUUUGACCUUGAAGGUCGCCAUCCACUGUGAAGGUUGCAAGAAGAAAGUGAAGAAGGUCCUCCAAAGCAUCGAAGGCGUCUAUAAGACUACCAUCGACUCCCAGCAGCAGAAGGUGGUCGUCACCGGAAACGUUGAGGCGGAGACCCUCAUCAAGAAGCUCGUCAAGACCGGGAAACACGCCGAGCUCUGGCCGGAGAAGAAGCCCAACAACCCCGCCAACAACAACAGCAGCAGCGGUGGCGGCAAGAAGAACAAGAACAAGAACAAGGCCUCCGGCAAACCAAACGAGCAGUCGGAAAACCCUGACACCAAUCAAACCCCCAAGGCCUCCGGCGACGAUUCUUCCCCUGAUUCCUCUGCUCAGCACGAUGACAAAGCCCCGAAGAACAGCGGCAAGGAUUGCCCAAAGGCCGAUAAAAAGGAGGCUGGAAACUCCCCACCACCUGAGAAACAGGACGGCGCCGCUGCCGCCAGCAGCGGUGGCGGCGGCAAGAAGAAAGGGAAGAAGGGUCAGAAGGAGAACAAGGGCGCCGGCGGUGGGGGUGAACUUCAAGUGGUGUCAGAGGAGAUGGGCGGCAAAGCAAGUGGCGACGGUGGUGGCGGCUUGCCGGCAUUCAAUUAUCCGGUGUACCCGACAUCGCAGCCGCCGGCCUAUAUGGUGAGCUACAGCUCAGUGCAGCCGAGUGCAAGCUACGGCGGUGCCUACUACCCGAUGUCGAUGAAUCAGAGCAGCUAUUUCUACUCCGGUGCAACAGCGGCGACGGCGCCAGGUUCAUAUUAUAUCUUUAGUGAUGAGAACGCCAAUGCUUGCAGAAUUAUGUGAGGAUGCUGGAAUCCUGAUCUUAUGCAGGCCUUUUGUUCCCAUGGUGCAGUGUAAUUUGCAGUAGUUCUAGGUGUGAGACUGAAAGUAUGUAUGAAUGAAUGAAUGAUGAAUGAAUGUGAGAGUGUUAAGCUUAUACUACUUGUGUAAGCAUAAUGGUGGAAAGUGGAGGUGAACAUUGUAGUUUGGAUGAUUCUUGUAGCUUUUUAACUGUGUAGAUGGUGGAAAAGAUGGGAAAAGUUGAGGGUUUUGUUGUUUUCCAUUAGGUGGUGGUUGCAGGAAGCAAAGGUGACAUCUUGUUUUUUGAGUUAGGGUUUCCCUCCUUUGUUGAGGGGGAGAGAGGACAAUGAUUUCAAGAUGUGUAGUACCUGGUGGAGUUACAUUUACCUUUGAGCUGUGUAAUUUAUUUUCAGGACUGCUAGAUGUAUGGCAAUUGGCAGCUUUUAUCUA